AUAAGAUAUCGAUAAGACAUUUCACUUGAGUUGUGGGUUCUCGUAGAUGUUAUAGAAUCAAAGUUGUAGUGGCUGUAAUAAAGUUUGGAAAGAGGUUAUUCCGAAAUACCGCAUCAAGUGUAUGCAGUUUUCUUUAGACUAAACGCCUUUCUUUGUUAUUUACUGAUAGAAUCUAGUGGGACAUAAAUCAUGGAAGUUCAGAUUUGGCAUUUGCUGGUUUUGACGCUGUAUAUUACUAAAGCGUUUGAAGUGUGUGCGGUUACUGUUUCAAGUGAUGAUGAGGACGUUGACAUCCCGCAAACUGUCACCGUAAUAAGGCCCAACACAAUACUUCUUGUGUGUCCAACAAAUCUGGGACGAAUAACUUGGAAAUAUUUAAGUAGCAUCGAUGGAACGGAAACAAAUAUAGAGAGUGACUCUCUUUCCUCACUUACAUUUGAUCCGAAGGAACAUAAGAGUGGAGUAUAUGCAUGUGUGGCGAAUAAUUCUUUUGUCAUUAAAAAGGUUAACGUGACUGUGUUAGAAGCCCCAUAUUUUACACGAAAAAACCAAAUGCCGAGGCUAUUAGUGAAGCCUGCCGGAAACAUGGUGAGGCUUACUUGUAGAGCUGAGGGAAAUCCCAAGCCGAAUAUCACGUGGUAUCGAGAUGACAAAUCUCCCCCUACAAGAAAAUUAGGAAAUAUCAAAAUCAGCCCAGUUUCCUUAACGUUGGAAGAUUUGGUGCCUAAUGAUGCAGGAAAUUAUACCUGUUUAGUGUGUAACAUCGUUGGAUGUAUCAAUUUUACUUUUGCUGUGGAUGUAGUUGAGCGAUACCACAACACCCCCAUAUUGACAACAGGACUUGAGAAUUCCACAGUUAUUGUUGGGGAAUCUGUUAAACUUAGUUGUAUGUUUGUUUCUGACUUACAUCCUUAUAUUGUGUGGACAAACUUACCCUACGGUUAUGCUAAAUGUUCUUACGAAGCUUUGGACGACUGCAAUGCUAAAGUACUUCAGAAAAGUGAUGAUGGCAGGGCAAACCCGGAAGUGUAUGAGAUCUUGAAUGUAACUCAUGAAGAUGAAGGAUGGUAUGCCUGUUUCGCAUCUAACAGUCUUGGCAUAACAGUUUCUAGAGCUUACAUUACUGUAGUCGAUAAUAAAGAAGUAAGGAGUCAUUUUGGACAAAUGGCUAUGGGAAAUAUUAACCAGUUUAAAAAUUUUAUAAUUGCUAAUUGUCUUGACAAUAAAUCUUCAGACAUUGAGGAUGAUUUGCGGGAAACGUUCACUGAACUUGAAACAUGUAUCCAAAAACGAAAAAUGUAUGUAGAUACUAAAGAAGACUAUAUAAAAAAUAUUGAGGACUGCAGCAAAGAUCCUAUUAAAAAAGUAAAACGUUGUUUGACAAAGCAGCAAAGUUAUUAUCCUGAUUUUAUAUUGAACGGGGUAAAGAAACAAGUUGAACUAGUAUACGAUGAUCAGGAUGUAAUAACCACUUACCUGUCUUCAUGUAUGAAGGUUUUUGAAAGACCUGACGUAUCAUAUGGAUACCUAAAAUGUGUUGAAGAGGCAUCUACAAUGCCAAGUGGCUCCCUCAGCCUUCCCGAUACCGUAGAGGCUUUCUGUUCACAAUUUUUGCCUGCUGCACGUUGUCUGGCAGAUGUUUUGGAUAAAGAGUGUGCACAAUAUCCUAAAAUGAAGAAAUAUAGCAAAGAUUACGUGCGAGCCACUGAAUAUCCAUGCGAACAAGAAUAUUAUUAAAAUAAUAAUUUACAAUGCUUAAGAGCAUUUUAUUGUAUGUUUUUAAUAUUAUUCAUAAAUUGACUUUAAAUUUAUAUAGGUAAAUUUAAGUGUAUAUAAAUAGUAAAUUUAAUGUUUUCAAAA